UAUACAACUGUGCUGAGUGUUGCUGCAGCUAUUUGGACUCUUUUGUUCCUCUGUCUUCCUUUUUCCAUGAUCCAAAGCUUCCAUUUGAAUGAAUCUUCCCAACUUCUAGAGAGAGAAACCCCACUUUUAGAGGAGAGAGAAACCCACAACCCAGAGGAGGAGAGAGAAACUUACACACACAAAAUUUUAACCCCUGUCGGUAGAGAGAGAAAGAGAUUAGGAUUUCAUGAAAUGAAAUUAAGGUUUAUUUCUUUCUUUGGUAUGAAUUCCAAGGAUUUUUCAGAGAAAUCUUCAUUUUAAUGGAGUUUUUCUCUUCUAUUUUCUCCUACCACUGCAAAGUUAUGUUGUUACAAGCAUUCUAUUGAAGUCGGAAAUACCAAAAAUUAAAGAGCAAAUUAUGUGCAGAUCUUGCACUUUUCUUAAGGUUAUCAGUGGAAUUAUUUCCUUCUCAUCUCUCUCGUUUAGUGGAAUUUGAAGCUUUUGCGCUCUAAUUUGGAUUUUAGCUUUCAAUCACAUAAACAAAUUCGUUGUGCUGCGAAUUUUAUCUGUUGUUGGUGAGAGAUUUUUCCGACCUACUGUAACUGUUACUGUUGUUGUUGCUGAAAGUGUGACAUAUACUUCGGUUUGAUUAAUUUGGAGAGGAUUAAUGGUGGAAUUUGUCGGCAAUGCUUAAGUUUUUUUUUUGGUCAAACUUUUUGAAGUGUUGUUUGAGGAUGGUUUUUGGUUCUAGAGAAGGUUCCUGUGCUAUUGUUUAAUUUUCUGGAUUUUUCGAGUUUCUGGAGAAAGAGAUAUUUACGGCGAAUUCGAGUUUUUUCAAAGGAAUUUCCCAUUCAUGACAUGCCUAUAUGAGAAAAAAUUGAUUAAGAAGUGUUUUAUAAGGAGGUGUUGUUGUGGGUUAGAUUUUGCUUGAGUAGUGUUUUUUUGGUGUUGGAAUAUUGCCAUGAUUACCUUUAUGGAUCCGAAGGAGAAAAUAAAAGAAGGGGAUAAUUGUUUAGAUUCUCAAUUAUGGCAUGCUUGUGCUGGAGGAAUGGUGCAAAUGCCGCCGGUAAAUACCAAGGUAUUUUAUUUUCUUCAAGGUCAUAUUGAACAUGCUAAUGGAAAUGUGGAUUUUAGGAGUUUCCCACGAAUUCCGGCUUAUGUUCAAUGUAGAGUUGAGGAUAUAAGAUACUUGGCUGACCAGGAGACGGAUGAAGUUUAUGCGAAAAUUCGAUUGAUUCCUGUUGCUAAUGAGCUUGAUUAUAGUGAUGAAGAUAUAGGAGUUCAUGGUACUGAAGUGCAAGAGAAUAAGCCUGCUUCGUUUGCUAAAACUUUGACUCAGUCGGACGCGAAUAAUGGGGGAGGGUUCUCUGUUCCUCGCUAUUGUGCGGAAACAAUCUUUCCGCGAUUAGAUUAUUCAGCAGAUCCACCUGUUCAGAACAUUCUUGCAAAGGAUGUUCAUGGUGAGCCCUGGAAAUUUAGGCAUAUAUAUCGAGGCACUCCAAGGCGCCACUUGUUAACUACGGGCUGGAGUACGUUUGUUAAUGCUAAGAAGCUAAUUGCUGGAGAUUCCAUUGUGUUUUUAAGGGCUGAAAAUGGGGACUUAUGUGUUGGGAUCCGGAGAGCAAAGAGGGGACUCGGAGGUGGACUUGAUUCGACUUCGGGAUGGAAUCCAGGAUCAACCGUUUUGAACUAUGGUGCUUUCUCAGCUUUUCUUAGAGAGGAUGAAAACAGGAUCACCAGAAAUGGUAAUGGUGUUGGUUUGAACUCAGGUGGUAAUCCGUCAGCAAAGGGGAAAGUCAAAAUUGAGUCUCUUAUCGAAGCUGCAACCCAUGCUGCUAAAGGGCAGCCCUUUGAAGUGGUUUACUACCCUCGAGCUGGUACCCCCGAGUUUGUUGUGAAGGCUGGACAUGUACGGGCAGCUCUUCAAAUUCGUUGGUGUUCGGGAAUGAGGUUCAAGAUGCCCUUUGAAACUGAAGACUCUUCACGGAUAAGUUGGUUCAUGGGCACUAUAUCCUCGGUUCAGGUUUCUGAUCCUGUGCACUGGCCUGAUUCACCUUGGAGGCUUCUUCAGGUGACGUGGGAUGAGCCAGAUUUGCUGCAAAAUGUGAAACGCGUUAGUCCAUGGUUGGUGGAAUUGGUUUCCAAUAUGCCAGCCAUUCAUCUGUCCCCCUUCUCACCACCCAGGAAAAAAUUUAGACUUCCUCACCACCCAGAUUUCCCCAUGGACGGCCAACUUCCGGUCCCCACAUUUCCCGGAAACUUCCUAGGGCCAAAUAGCCCUUUCGGAUGUUUACCCGACAAUUCUCCUGCUGGCAUGCAGGGAGCCAGGCAUGCUCAAUUCGGUCUUUCACUGUCCGAUCUUCACAUGAGUAAAUUACAGUCGGGUCUCUUUCCAGGUGGUUUCCCAGCACUUGAUCCCACUACUACACUGCCUAAUAGACCCUCAAGUUCCUUAAGUUAUCAGAAACCGGGCAACAAUGAGAACAUUUCUUGUUUGCUUACAAUGGGAAACUCAAAUCAAUCAACAAAAAAAUCUGAUGUGACAAAGCCACAUCAUUUUGUGCUUUUUGGCAAACCAAUAUUAACAGAACAGCAGAUGUCUCUGAGCCGUUCAGGUGAAACAGUCUCGCCAGUUCCUACAGGUAAUAGUUCAUCCGAAGGAAAUGUGGACAAGGGAGGUAAUGUUUCAGAUGGUUCAGGGUCCGCCCUCAACCAGGAUCGCUCUUCUUCAGAAAGACAUCCAUGGCUCAAGGACAACCGCCCAGAAAUGGACUUGGAGCUGGAGACUGGUCACUGUAAGGUCUUCAUGGAAUCGGAGGAUGUUGGCCGUACUCUCGAGCUAACGUUGCUUAAUUCUUAUGAAGAACUGUGCAGCAGGCUGGCAAACAUGUUUGGUAUAGAGAGUUCUGACAUGCUUAACCGUGUGGUCUAUAGAGACAGUGCAGGUUCAUCAAAGCAAAUCGGAGAUGAACCUUUCAGUGAAUUUGCAAAAAGAGCAAAGAGGCUGACAAUCUUGAUGGAUUCAAGCAGCGAUAACAUAGGAGCGUAGAGGCAUGAUAGAGGUGAAAAUAAACACGAGUGCAAUUGUACAGGUAGAUCUUAUGGUUGUUUCUAGGUGACCCCUUUGCGGAUUGAUGCAGAUGUGGGAGGAGCAUAUUUGAGCCAAUAUGUGAAAUCUUCACUCUAGCUAUUUUCUGACCCUAUAAAUUUUCUUUUAAGGAUUAUGCAUUCUGAUACAUUUAAUUGGGGAACUUCACUGAGAAAAUUGUUGCUAUUUCUAUCUGUUUCUAUGUGCGCAUUAAUUUUUGUUACAGAAAGGUUUUCUACUAUUACAUCCAUAAUUCUAGAGAUCA